GUGAUUUGUGAAUCAAAGACCCAACGGAAUGACUGGUUAUAUACUAUUUGGAAGACCAAGCGGGAGGGACCUGAAUGGUGAGGUGAGAAUCAUACGGUCUUUAUAGACUUAUCCAUACCUUCUGCCCCCGGCAUUGGCCUUCAAUUCUCCUCCACCCAAUGCAUAAUCCUCUAUUCUCCAAACCAAAUUAUAUCCCACCCUCUUUUUUUUCUUCUUAUUUCUUCACCAACUCAUUAAAACGUCCCAUUUUCCCUCUUUUCAUCCAUUCUUCCUCUUCUUCUCCGUCUUCUUCUUCAACACAUCAGCCAUGGCUGCUGCAGUAACCGCUGCGGUGUCUCUUCCAUCCUCCAAGUCCACCAGUCUUCCCACUAGAACUUUUAUCAGCCCACCAUCGGAAAGAAUCAGCCUUAAGAAGGUUCCGUUGCACUACAGAGAUGUGUCCGCCGGCGGGAAAGCGGGGCCCAUCAGAGCCCAGGUCACCACUGAGGCGCCCGCAAAGGUUGAGAAAGUUUCAAAGAAAAUGGAAGAAGGUGUGAUCGUGAACAAGUUCAAGCCCAAGACACCUUAUGUCGGCAGAUGCCUUCUCAACACCAAAAUCACCGGCGAUGAUGCCCCUGGCGAAACUUGGCACAUGGUCUUCAGCACUGAAGGAGAGGUUCCCUACAGGGAAGGGCAAUCCAUUGGGGUAAUCGCUGAUGGCGUUGACAAGAAUGGGAAACCCCACAAGCUGAGAUUGUACUCAAUUGCCAGCAGUGCCCUUGGUGAUUUUGGAGAUUCAAAAACUGUUUCUCUCUGUGUAAAACGGCUUGUGUACACGAACGAGAAAGGGGAACUGGUGAAAGGAGUUUGCUCAAAUUUCUUGUGUGACUUGAAGCCUGGGUCUGAAGUGACGAUAACAGGACCUGUUGGGAAAGAAAUGCUCUUGCCAAAAGAUCCCAAUGCCACCAUCAUAAUGCUUGCAACUGGGACUGGAAUCGCCCCUUUCCGUGGAUUCUUGUGGAAAAUGUUCUUUGAGAAGCACAACGAUUACAAGUUCAAGGGUUUGGCAUGGCUGUUCUUGGGUGUCCCAACUAGUAGCUCACUGCUAUACAAGGAGGAAUUUGAGAAAAUGAAGGAGAAAGCCUCUGACAACUUCAGGCUUGACUUUGCUGUGAGCAGAGAGCAAACUAAUGAGAAAGGCGAGAAAAUGUACAUCCAAACACGAAUGGCUCAAUAUGCAGAAGAACUUUGGGAGCUGCUUAAGAAAGAAAACACUUUUAUUUAUAUGUGCGGGCUAAAGGGAAUGGAAAAAGGAAUUGACGACAUAAUGGUGUCAUUGGCUGCGAAAGAUGGAAUUGAUUGGAUUGAAUACAAAAGGCAAUUGAAGAAAGCAGAGCAAUGGAAUGUGGAAGUCUACUAGUGAUGCCUGCUUACUUGUACACCAUAUCCUUUUUUUGAAGCAUCCAUCUUCUUGUGAUUUCCACUGCACUGUGUAGAUAGGUAACUUUUCUUUGUAAUUUUCUUUGGCUUAUAAGCAAUUGUAUUGUUAUGGCCCCUACAAAAGUUUCAUUUUGAGGGAUCAUAAAACAUAGAAUAUAGUGGUAACCAACAUCAUCCACUUUGUAUGAAUAUUCAGAUAAUUUCUUUUUUGUUAAUCAUAAUUAUCACUACAUGAAUUAAAAAGUAA